AGCGCCAGUGUACUCAAAGUACUCGAAUAACAUCAUAAAUAAGUAAAAAUUUGCACCGCUUCCGACAAACUAGUGGCCAUUUAUCGCAAUGCCAAGCAAAUGUGGCGUUUCAUCCUGCUUCGUGUACAGCUCCCAUAAGGAGCACAAACUGUUUCGUAUUCCGGCUGUUAGGAGCCGAGGCACUCCUACCGCUCGGCAGCAGAUGAUGCUACGUCGGUCCUUGUGGGCCACUAGUUGUGACCUAGACGAUCCUCCUGCGCCGCACACCCUGAUCUGUAGCCGUCACUUUGUAUCCGGUAAGCCUGCUCAAUUGGAUGACGUGCACAACAUCGAUUGGGUUCCGACGCUUAAUUUGAAGCAUGACGACCAUCCGGGAACUUCCUACAGUAUCGGCCACGAUGGAUCUUCAUUCGGAGAUAUAGUGGCAACGCCGGGACCGCAAAUUAAGAUCUACCCCAUUCCUAGCGAAGUGUGCGAAAUCGGCAUUCCUCUGCCGACAGGAAUCGAAUCGACGUCAGCGUGCUGCGUUCCGGAUUGCGUCAACCAGCGUCCGGAAUGGGUGACCAAUUUGCCUAACGAUAGGGAACUUCAAAAUCGAUGGUUGACUGCGAUUCAAAUAGGAAGUGGUCAACCGGUUGUGGUGAGGCAGGGCGAAAAGAAAGGGGUUUGCAAUAUGCACUUCUCUGGCCAGCUGCUGGGAGCCACUGAGAAUGGGUACCGGGAACCGACGCUGUUUGUGCGGGAUAACGUACUGAUGCAGGUAGUAGGCUGUCGGUUGUGUCUUAACUUCGAUACGGUGGACAACAUGUGCAACAUGAAAAUGAAUCUGAGGGAUGGACAUUCUCUCCAGUGGAUGGCCAAGACUUACUUUGGACAGUUUCAAUCGGCGAAGGAGUACGCCGUAGAGGGCUUCUUCUGCGAGCGAUGUACCAUACAAAUCGAUAUGGCUCACAGUUUCUGGCGGGAGCUUUCCGAUAAUGCCCGGAAGUUCAAAUGGCUUCUGGUCAAGAUGGCAAGCGAAAAGGUUGAAUUCGGUAAGAUUGUCGCUGUACCGACAGUUAAGCAAGAUAGAUUUAUACUUCCAAAGCCAAGUGCCGUUGAGGAACGGCCAGCCAAGCAAACAACGCCCACUGUGCUAGAUCCAAACCAAGUGAACAAACAGAUGCCGAAAAUUGAUACAGAUUCUUCGGAAGAAACGAAUAUUCAGGUGGAAUGCGACCCUGGACUCUACGAUUCAUCAUCGGACGUAGAUUACGAUAUUCCGGAAAACCUUUUCGACGAGCAAAAGCAAGCGGUAAAAGUUGAACCCACGGAAUUUACCGAAGAAGAGCCCUGUUUGACCGAUCCGGAUCCGCCGUAUCUUACCAAUCCACCGCCGAUGACGGAACACCCAAAGCAGCUGCUAUUCAAAUGCUACCUGUGCGAAGCCAGACAGGCGAGCAAGAAUUCCUUGAUUCACCACCUCAUGAUGGACCAUCAGGAUCACAAAUCGUUGCACUGCGCGGAGUGCAACGUGUCCUUCCAGAGAAUUACCGUGUUCAACAAGCACCUUGGGAUGCACGAUCCGGCCAAGCGGUUGAAAUGUUCCGUUUGCCCGCUGAGAUUCCGGAAGAGCAGUGCCAAGGUCAAACACGAGGCGUCCCGGCACGGCUUGAACGUCCAGAACCAGCAGGCCACGGUGAAGGACAAAACCAAGAAGAACCAAUGCUCGCAGUGCGACAAGGCCUUUGUCUACAUCUCCGAGCUCAGGCGCCACGAGAAGUUCAGGCAUCAAGGAGUGGUCAUCGCCCGGUGCGAAAUCUGCGAUAAAACGUUCGCCUCGGAGCGUAACCUCACCCGGCACCUGAAGCUACACCGGGGGGAUGAGAAGCCCCCGAGCCUGACGACCCGAACGUCGACCGAAAUCCGGUGCAACCUGUGCCUGGUGGCAUUGGAAGUGUCCAAGGACAUGGUGACGCACCUGGAGCAGGUUCACCCGGACGCCGAGUUCCAAACCUAUCCCUGUAAGCACUGUGAAGAGGUGUUCUUCUCGCCGACAUCCCGGGCCAACCACAACAACAUUCACUCGGAUAUUUACGCGUGCGAUCUGUGCGGGAAGCGGCACUACUCGAAGCUGAUGUUGCAGAGACAUCGCCAAUCUAAGCACGGUAUUGCGAUGGACGAAGACCAGUUCCGGAAGUGUCCGGUUUGCGGGAGGCGCUACAUCAAGGGUACCGACUACUUGCGCCAUAUGCGAACCCACGAGAAGGAAACAUUCAUCUGCGAAACUUGCGGCAAGAAGUUCCGGGAGCGUGAGCAACUACGGAUCCACGAACGGAUCCAUACGCACGAGAAGCCGAUGGAGUGCGUGGCUUGCGGGGCCAGAUUUGGUUCACCGGCUUCGCUGUCCCGGCAUAAGAAGGUUUGCUCCAAGAUUGAAAGGAAGUAGGCAGGUAAGUGACUGAUUAAUUUUGAUCUCUUGUCGUAAGUAUUUAUUCGUAUGGUAUCACUCUAUUGUGUAGGGUAAAUUGUAAUCACCUAUUCGUUCGCAUUAUUUUCGUGAUCUUCGAAAGCCUUGAAGCCUACUUCCCUGACACAGACAUCAUAAUCAACGUGUGGAA